AUGGCGCGCUCAAAGCCACUGCAAGUGCUGCUUUGGGCCGCGGUCGUCCUUCUGUCAGCAGGCUUAGUAGUCGCCCAGGAGGAUUCAGCGGAUGUUGCCGGGUUGCUCACAUUUCCGUGGUGUCAAUGCUCAACCUAUAGCUGCGCUUGCAGUCCCUACAAGCUCGAGAUCGUCAGUACUAAAACUGUCGGAACUGCCACUACGACAUGCCUUUCCGUGUACGAAAUCGGCUGUGACCUUUCCAGUGCCUGUUGUAGAGGCAUGCGGGGUGCCAUUGACAAGAUUUCGUUCGACAGCACGUCGAAAUGCGGCAACAAAACGGCUUUCCUCAACGUGACUCUGGACGGCAAGCGAUGGGUUUCGUGGGACGUCAUUCCUAGGAACCCAGGUUUUGAUUUCAAGAUUUACAAUUUGAACCGCAACAUAUCCUCGUUCCCGGGGUCGGUCAUCUGCAUCUCCUCGCGCGCUCCUUGCUCCACGCCACGGCCACCGCCGUCGCCCCAGCCGCCGCCGCCGCUGCCCCCGUCGCCGCCGCCCAAGAAACGCAAGGCGCCGCCGCCAAUGCUGCCGCCGAGCCCUCUGCCGCCGUCGCCGCCGCCGCCAUGCGCCGCCGACAUAUACAUUCACCUCCUCGCGCCGCUCGUCACCGGCGGGCCGUACACAUUCAACGACGCGAUUUGCGCCGGUCUGGCGGAUCGCAUUUCGGCGGACCUAGCAGCGCAAGCCAACGCCGUCGGCUCCGUGAUCGUUGACUCGUUUGACCUGACGACGUGCGACUCGUCGUACAUCAAGGUCAGCGGGUCUUUCCGGGGGCCGUACGACGGCAAACUUCUGGAGACUUGGCUGAACAGCCCGUCGGGAAUGGAGUCCUGGGUCACCGCCAUCACAGGGGGCCCUACCUGCUCACCAAGCCUGGCCGGGCCCACCCACAACGGCCCAACACCCCCAGCACCUCCCUCCCCCAACCCACCUAGUCCGGCCCCGCCUUGCUCCGCCUGCUUCAUCAUCUCCAUCACGCCGCCCGCCAGCCUUGUGGGCCCGAUGUUCACUUUCACAGACGCGAUGUGCUCACAGCUCACAUCCAUCAUAUCGUCCUCCGUCACUGCCAACGCCACUGCCCUUGGCGCGGAAAUCACCAGCCCGUUCAUCUCCAUCGCGUGCUCCAAGACGUACGACGGCUCUAUUCGACCGCCCGUACUGCCGUUUGUCAAGGUGUGCGGCGCGUUCCGAUCCGCAGAGAGCGGCGCGCGGCUGCAGGCCUUCCUGGAGGGACCCACGGGUCUUCGGUCCUGGGUUCAAAUUCUCACUGGCGGCGAGCAGUGCUUCGCCACACUGACGGGUUACUACUUCCUAGGCGAGGUUGUGGACACGCUGGGUGGUGCGACGUGUUUGGUGAGCGAGUACGGCCAGGAUUGCUUCCAGCCGCCGCCGCGUCCGCCGCCGUCGCCGCGGCCACCGGCACCGCGCCCGCCGUCGCCGCCGCUGGCGUGCGAGACCCUCGUCUCCGUUUCCCUCAUGACGAUGGACAACAUCACGGCAGGGCUGCCGACUUUCAACGUGUCGCAAUGUACGUCUAUCGCGUUGCGGAUUGGCAGUAGCUUCGCGGCGGCGGCGCCGACGUACGGCUCCGUUAUCACGUCGGGCUUUACGCUGGCGUCGUGCAGCCCACUCAAUGUGGUGCUGCGUGGAUCGUUCCUGUCGUCCUUCGACGGGUCUCGAAUGUCGGAUUGGCUGUACGGCCCUACCGGAAUGCAGGGCUGGAUGCUGUCCAUAUUCGGGGCGCCGCUGUGUAACGGCCUGUCCACGUACUCUGUCUUUAUGAACGUCGCCGGUGCGAAUGGGGCGUCGUGCCUGACGGGCUCGUUAUUGCAGGACUGCGCACCGGGCUUCGGACAGCCGUCACCGCCGCCACCCAAGCUCAAGAAGCGCACGCCGCCACCGGCACAGCCGCCGACGCUCAUUCCGCAGCUACUGAGCUCGCCGUCGCCGCCGCCGCCAGCGUCGCCGCCGCUGCCGCCGCCGCCGUCACCGAUGCCAUCACCGACGCACAUCUGCCGUACCGCUACGACUAACGUGCCUUACAGUGUCGGACCGCUGUACACGGCGUCGACAAAGGACCAGAACGGCGAUGCAGCGGUGGCAAUGUGCACGAACGUAUUCCGGGAGACUUGCAGCACGGGAACUUGCUGCGGCAUGGACUUUGCCAAAAUCGAGGUGCCAGUGAGCAACGCUUGCAAGGCUGACUUGCGCCGUCUCACCAUUAACGGAACGCCCUUCGCCUACACCUGGGGCCUGUACCCAGACAACCUGACGACCAUCAAGUUCACCAGCCUUGUCACGAAUCUCCCGAACCCCGUUGGCGGAACGAUGUGCUGGGUUGUGCG